GUACUUCUUCUUGAUCUCUCCAAUUCUCCUUCCAAGCUUCGCCAAUUUUUUCCCCUUUCUCUCUCCCAAAUUUUCCCCAAUUUUCCUCCUCUUCGCCCUCGGAUCCUUUUUUUUUUUUUUUAAAGCCGAAGGUGCCCCCUAUUUAUACAGAAAUAGAGAGGACUCCAAUCCUUUUUCUAACUCUCAAUUCUAAUCCCAAUCCCCAAAAUUACAGAUAAUAAUCUAAUCCUAUUUGAAAUAUCUUCUGCGACUCUUGAUAAGAACUUCAAAUCCGAAAAUCUCUUCUUGUGUUGUUGUGGGCUAUCCAAACUUUGAAUGGAUAAGAAGAAUUUUUGUGAAAUUUUGGAGAUAAUCGGCGGCAAAAGGAAGAAAUGAGAUUUUGGGAAGCUAGGGGUAUUACUGUGGAAGUUAGAAGAGCACGCUUUGAGACUGAAAAUACUAGGUUUGCCAUUUUGGAUGCACCGGUCAGAUUUGGGCCACAGCGCGUGAGGUUCUGCCACCUUUCUGACUAGAACUCCGGCAGAGUAGCUCACCGGGGCCCUCUGAGAAAGUUUCUGAUGUUGCGUCUUGGAUUAUGGCACAAUUUUGUUGCAGAUCACUGUUCACCUGGGCAGUCCUAGGGAUGAGGGUCACAAGAGUUAUGUCCCAAAUAUGAUCAGUGGAGCAGCUCAAGCAGAUAUUGCUGUUCUGGUUAUUUCUGCCCGUAAAGAGAGGGGUGGGCAAACCUGUGAACAUGUUCAGCUUGCAAAAACUUUGGGCUUAUCUAAGCUGUUUGUGAUUGUGAACAAAAUGGAUAAUCCCACUGUUAACUGGUUAAGAGAAAGAUAUGAUGAAAUUGAAUCUAAGAUGGUACCUUUUCUGAGGUCUUCAGGCUACAAUGUGAAAAAAGAUGUCCAGUUUCUACCUAUAUCUGGUCUUCUUGGUUCCAACAUGAAAAUGAGACUGGACGAGCAUAUGCCCCUGUUGGAAUGGGCCUGCCUCUUUGAAGUUCUUGAUGCAGUUGAAAUUCCUCCUAGAGAUCCAAAAGGUCCUUUUAGGUAUGAUUUAUUACUGUAGGAAAUCGUACAACUCUAGGAAGAAAGUAGAAUUGUAUAA